UCUGUUUACUUUUCCUUUUGCUACAUAUUUGUCCUCAUGACCGCCACUCCAGAGUGACUGAUUUGGCCACAUAUAUAAUAAAUAUCCCUGUCUCUGGGGUUUGUGUUGAUUAUUUAUGCCUGAGAAUUGGUUUCAUUUCCUAUCAGCUCCUUCUGUUGGUGUGCUAUGCUGUUGGGUUGCAGCCUCUGAAGACUCUUAUUUCCACACAGGCAAUCUUGCUGCCAACGACCUCUCCACUUCCCGAACAGGCAGACUACAGAAAGUCCUGGACAGUUAUGUGCCCCAAGACAUCAGGGACAGGAAUCAAGUUCGAGUCACCUCAUGGGAUGGCAGGAAGUGGGGAGAACUGGAGGGGGACACCUAUGACCGGGGCUCAGGACCCAGCAUCCACGAAUUCGCCUCUAGUCCAGCCACCUUUUGGACCUUCUGCCUCUGCCUGCUCAUGCUAGAAUUACAGGUGUUGGUAGAUGUGCCGUGUACCACAGACCGCCACUCCCUUCAUGAGGAGGAGAACAACAUCUUCCAGCGCUCAAGGAAGAAGGAGCGACAGAUGCUGCCUGUGCUGCAGGCGCAGCUUCUCGCGGCUGGACUCCUUGCCACCAAACCCGGAGGCCACGUUGUCUACUCCACGUGCUCACUGUCACACUUGCAGAAUGAGUAUGUGGUGCAGGGAGCCAUCGAGCUCCUGGCCAAUCAGUACAGCAUCCAGGUUCAAGUGGAAGACCUGUCUCACUUCCGAAAGCUUUUCAUGGACACUUUCUGUUUCUUCCCAUCCUGCCAGGUUGGGGAGCUGGUAAUACCAAACCUCAUGGCCAAUUUUGGGCCUAUGUACUUCUGCAAAAUGCAUCGGCUGCCCUAGUGUCGCCCUGUCGACUCUGUUGGGGGCACCGGAACAGUCGAGUGGCAGAGGCCUGUGGACAGCAGGAAGUAGAACAGCGGCCCAGCUGAGGAUGAUCCUGUAAACUGCACUAAGGCCCCUGUUCCAUUAGGGACUUAGAAAGAAUCGGUGAAUAAACCCAUAGUUUAAGCUGUCAACUUGGGAAGAAACAUUUAGCCAAUAAAGUUGUUGAAGUACGCGAGAGCUGGGCCUGUAGUUGGGGCCUUCAUGUCAGUCAGAGUUCCAUCAUGGUUCUCUGGGUGUCAGCAGAAGCUGCUGAGCACGCUCCCCAGAGUGCCCAGCCCCUGCAUACAGCCCUCUCCCAUUGGUGAGUUCCAUUUAGUCAGCCCACAGGCCCACCAGCCGCCCCAGUGUCUCCAUAUGGCACAUGCUCUAAUUUAAGGAAUAAGUAACUAAAACUGUUGAGUGUGGCUGGUAAUCCCCUUCAGAUAAGAAAGGUUACCUAAGCUGAGUGCUUCUGGCCUUUCCUUCAGAUCACUGCAAAAGCUGCUUCUGGUUCA